CCCUGGUAGUUGUCAUUUGUGCCCGAGUGUGCUGCGCAAAUAAGGUCUCCUGAUUUCCCUGUGGGUUUGGGCUAUUCCGAUUGCAAGUCAGAGCCUUCUGCAAGUGUGCCAGUAAUGUUCAGGGAGCUAAUCCCAGGAAAGAAGUGAAAAAUAACCUUGAAAAGUGUGAGCUUAGUGUGAACAGUAGAUACCUAGGCAGUUCCCAGCGAAGUGCACAAGCCUGCGUUUUGUAGCAGAGCGAGUAACCUCUGUGUCCCUGCUCCUUCUCCAUGGGCUGAGUCCCCAGGACGAGAGGGACUGUGCCUCCCUGUGUCAGCCCUUCUGCAUGUUCCCUCUCUCACCAUCCAUGUGCUCUUUGGGAUUUGAGGUAAGUAAAUGUGUGAUAACAUCUGCUUCAGCUCUCCAUGAAAAUUAUCACCGGGAAGUGCGUGGCACAAGGAGUCAUCCCUCUGUGUGUGCACACUAGUCUGAAAACUGAAGCUUUUCUUGGGUGAGAGUGAACUUUCUGCUUUGUCUCGGGGGAGCAGAGGUCACCCCGCGGGGCUUUGCCUGCCAAGGGCACGGGGUCGGGACGUGUAGGGCCGGGGCCGCGUCUCCCGCCAGCACACCCGCAGCGCGGUACAGCACCCGCUGAAACGGGCUGGGUUCUGAAGGACGCUGCAGGGCCGAGCACUGUGUCUGGGGAACCUUUCUUGAGUGAGCAGACACUCUGCCUGUUGUUUGGUUUGGUUUGUAUUUCUUGACUGCAGCAAUGGGUUUUGAGAAGAGAGGACACAGGAAACAGAAGCCAGGGCCCCUUUAAUUCUGUGACCUGUAAAGUAAGGCACGUGGGAGCUGUCUUCUCUCUGUGCAUUGGAGAUCAUCCACAAAUGUGUUUUCCUGGAAGCUAGUUGGUGUGCUUGAAACACUAGUCUGAGCUCUUCCUUGACACAGAACCUUUGUGAUGCAGCUGCUUCCCAGUCCCCGCGGCUCGGAUGUGCGUGCUGGGUGAGCUGCCCCCCGGCAGCCUGCUGCUGCCAACGACGGUCGCCAGAGGGUUUGGCCUUGGUUGCACAAGGACGCUUGGGGAUUUUGAUCUGCGUGUGGCAGCAAAUGCUGCUGCUCCUGAGACGUGCCAGCAGCUAAGGGGCUGAGGUGAAUGCAGUGCAGAGAACAUCCUGCUUGCAGUGAAACAGAUGAGACCCAGGAAUGCAGGGUUUCUGCAGCCAGCAGUGAACAUUGCAGCAUCCGAGGCCCUGUGCAAUCUGCAGGGGCUCGCUGUCUGUGCUGACAGAGCCUGACCUCCAGGGAUGGAGGACUAAAGCUUUGAGGAGCUUCCUGAGAGCUGGGCCGACAUGCAGGAGCCACUGCUUGAGGGGAUGUGCUUCACGCUCAAGUAUCUAGGCAUGACGCUGGUAGAAAAACCCAAAGGAGAAGACAUGGCUGCUGCUGCCAUCCGCAGGAUCGUGGCCACGGCACGGGUGGGAGCUCGCAAGUUCCAGAAGGUGAUUCUGACGGUGUCUCCAAGGGGCAUCUCGCUGCAGGAUGCAGACACGAAGGAGAUGGUUGAGAACAUCUCCAUCUACAGGAUCUCCUACUGCACAACAGACAAGCUGCAGAACAAAGUCUUCGCUUACGUUGCCCAGAGCCAGCACAGCGGGGCGCUGGAGUGCCAUGCCUUCCUCUCGCCCAAGAAGAAGAUCGCCCAGGCCGUGACUCUGACUGUGGCCCAGGCCUUCCAGAUGGCACUGGACCUCUGGGAAGCAGCGCACGCAGGCUCUAGGCAGGAACAGCCCCUUCACCCUUCAUGUGCCUUGGAGAGCAGUGAGCCCGGCAGGCCAAGUGAGCCAGCCCCCCCGGGGAGCCCUCCCUUCAGGAACCAGUUUGGGGAGGAGGAAGAGGAGGAGGAAGAUAACAUCAGUGAAACCUUAUCUGGCAGCAUGGAGGAGCUGGGGAGGGGAGCCCACAGCGCAGCAGAGUCAGCACUUCUCGUGCCCAGGGCAAGCUCUCCUAUGGCGCAGCUCCUGUGCCACCGCCUGGGGCAGCCCCCAGACAGCUGGAAGGGGCCAGGAGGGGCUGGUGGCCUCCCCACAGCUGGCCCCAGGACUGCUGGCCCCAGGACUCCCCUGGGCUAAGCCACAUCUCUGCAACGACGGACCAGCCACUCAGGAUUCACCCUGUGCCUGCCCCGGGCCAGACUGUGCCUGCCCCUGCCCCGGCGCUGCCCAGCGGGCACGGGCUCUGCUGGCACCACGGCCAUGCAGCGCACAGGCCGCGACGCGCUCCUUGUCCUGCUCUCCACCCGCAUGACCCGCUUCAAGCCGCAGCUGCUCCAGCUCGGGCCGGGCACCGGCCCUCCUCGCUCUGCCCGUCCCAGCGCACACGGAGCCGCUCCGAGCGUGCAGACGCAGCAGCCAGCACUUCCCAGGCUGCCUGUGCCGCACCUGCCUCCCUCGUUACUCGCCCUUGCUCCUCGCGGUGGCCCCUGGGGACCAGCCGAGGCUGAGCAGCCCCUGGAGAUGGCGGAGGAUGCGUUUGGCAUGUGUGACCCUCAGGGAGCUACAGCUCCUGACCCGGAGGAGCAAGGACGGCCUUGCCUCUGCAGUUCAGCCUCACAGCCUCUCACGAGUGAAAUGAGCUGGUUUUUAAAGGAAAGCUCUGCCUUUAUAGGAGAAUAAACAAAGUUUUUUUA